AAGAGCUACUUGAGAGAAUGAAACAGUCUUUUAAAACUUGUUUUCUUUUUACUACCUUAAAACUUGUCUUGAUCCGAGUUCUUUCAAAGAAGAGAUGGAGAAGAUGGAAGAUGGAGGAAUCUUGACAUAUGAUGCUAGAUAUGUUAUGUACAAUGUACUCGGUAACAUUUUCGAGCUAUCUUCAAAAUACAUUCCUCCUAUUCAACCAGUCGGUCGAGGUGCCUAUGGUAUUGUCUGCUGUGCUACAAACUCAGAGACAAACGAAGAGGUUGCUAUAAAGAAGAUAGCAAACGCGUUUGACAACAGAGUUGAUGCUAAAAGAACUCUCCGAGAGAUCAAACUCCUUUGCCACAUGGAUCAUGACAACGUUAUCAAAAUGAAAGAUAUAAUUGAGCCACCAGAGAAAGAAAGGUUCGAAGAUGUGUAUAUUGUUUAUGAGUUGAUGGAUACUGAUUUGCACCAGAUCAUUAGAUCCACUCAAACUCUGACCGAUGACCACUGUCAGUAUUUCCUUUACCAAAUUUUGAGAGGCCUAAAGUACAUACACUCUGCAAAUGUACUUCACCGCGACUUGAAACCAAGCAACUUGGUUCUGAAUACGAAUUGUGACCUUAAAAUCUGUGAUUUUGGGCUAGCAAGAACGUCGAAUGAGACAGAGAUAAUGACUGAGUAUGUUGUGACGAGAUGGUACCGUGCACCUGAAUUGCUUCUCAACAGCUCUGAAUACACAGGAGCUAUUGAUAUAUGGUCUGUUGGUUGUAUUUUCAUGGAGAUACUCAGAAGAGAGACACUUUUCCCCGGUAAAGAUUACGUUCAGCAGCUGAAACUUAUCACUGAGCUCUUAGGGUCACCAGAUGACUCGGAUCUCGACUUCUUGAGAAGCGAUAAUGCGCGAAAGUACGUAAAACAACUCCCACAUGUUCAAAAACAAUCAUUCAGAGAAAAGUUUCCAGACAUUUCCCCAAUGGCUCUAGAUCUUGCUGAAAAGAUGCUAGUUUUCGAUCCUUCCAAACGCAUCACAGUGGAGGAAGCACUGAAGCAGCCGUACUUGGCAAGUCUCCAUGAGAUCAACGAAGAACCAACGUGUCCUUCGCCUUUCAGCUUCGACUUUGAGAAGACAGCCUUGGAUGAACAAGACAUCAAGGAGCUUGUCUGGAGAGAGUCUUUACACUUCAAGAAUAAGUAAUCUCCCAAAUUCUCACUCUCCCUACAAUUUAAGACAUUUGCAAGCUUAUUUUUCUAAGUUGUGGGGGAAUAGUUUACAUAGCUCGUAUGUGUGCAUGUAUUUGUUUUGAUGAUGGUUGUGCAAUGGGAAGAAAGUGCUUGCCCAAUC